AUGGCCCGCGACCCGCUGCAUCCCGAUGUGAUUUACCGGGACGAGCGCUGCUUCGUGGUGCGCGACAUCGACCCCAAGGCGCCGGUGCACCUGCUGAUCAUCCCCAACAUGCCCAUCAACGGGCUCGAUUACAUCAGCCCCGCGAUGGAAGCCACCAUGGGGCACCUGUUCGUGGUGGCCGCGGAGAUGGCCCGCCGCGAGGGCGUGACCAUCAGCGGCUACCGGCUGGUGGUCAACAACGGCGCCGACGCCGGCCAGACCAUCGCCUGGCCGCACAUGCACCUGCUCGGCGGCCGGGGACUGGGAGACAUGGGCUAA